GCGUGACCUUCGGCGCACCAAAGGCAGUUCAGCUUACCCUUGAACGUUAUAUUCAUGCCAUUAACCCUAUUCGCAUCGUGCUGGAGGGAGAUCCGCUGAUUGACCUGCCGGUAACGGGGGCUGAGGGCGAUCCCUUUGUACACUACGGUGAGAUUUUGUUGAUGGCCUCCGCUGUUGCGCCACCGCAUGCAGAAGAAGGAGAGCCACGGCGGCGUCAGGCCAGUAAGGAUGACGAAACAGAGGAGGGGGGAAAGCGAGAGAUGAAUGCGGCUGCUGUGAGUGAUGUCCUCACUGCCGAAGCACUCGGUGACCUUUUGGAAUCCACGGAAAAUUUGCCGCUACCCUGUGAGGCAGGCGAUUUUCAGAUGGAUGACGAAGAAACGCAGGCGGAAGUGGAAAAGGAGGAAGAAGAAGGGGACGAAUUGGGGUUCCGCCGGAUAGCGGCGGAGCGGUAUGCGGCGGGUUUCUUGCCGGAGGAUUACAUUGGACGACUUCUUGACACCACUGUGCCGUUAACAUAUGCGGAGGGUGAGGAAGUGUGGGACGAGGGCGAAUACGCGCAAAUGAGACGCGAAUCUGCACUACGGCUUCACACGUCUGGCCUGCACGAAUGA